AUGCCGGGCCUGGCGCGCAAAGUAAUUAUCUGCGCUGCCGUCGACGGGCUGAUCCUGCACCCGCUCAACUCGCGCAGCAAAGACCAGCCGCGAUCCGCCGCCUUUCCCCCCCUCCGCAUCAAAUACGGCGAUGCCUCCAUCUCCCCCGCCCCGCGGGACUCGGUGCCCGACCCGGCCUCGCUCCCGCCCAAUUCCUCCUUUGAAGCCUUUGGCAUCGUCGGCCUCGUCACCGUCUUCCACUACAGCUACCUGAUCUCCAUCACCCGCCGCCAGCAGGUCGCCUCCGUGCGCGGCCUGCCCGUCUACGUCGUCACCGAGGUCGCCCUCACCCCCUGCACGUCGCAGCAGGACGCCGCGCAGGCCAUUGCCGCGACCGCGGCCGCGCUGGGGGCGGCGCGGGAGGAGGAGGAGAAGAGUGCUGCUGGUGGGAAUGGUGGGGGGAGUGAUGGGGAGGGGUUGUCGACGGCUGGGGGGAGUGGGGAUGAUGAGGCUGGGUUGGAGGUCGGUGGCGGUGGUGGGAGGGUGAGUGUGGAGGUGGGGGAUGAUGGGGAGGUGGGGAGUGAGACGGAGAGUGCGGCCGCAGCGGCCGGGGUGGCGGCGGCGGCGGCGGCUUCUCAUGGGAGGCGGAGCAGUGUUGUGCAGGAUGUGAUUGGGAGGAAGGGGAGUUAUGGCCGGUUUGCGCAGCGCUGGUUUAGUCGGUCGGGAUGGGCGAUGGAUCAGAAGAGGACGAUGGGGUUGAGUGCGGGCAAUGCGCCGACUCGUGGCGGUGGUAGUGGACAUAAUAGGGGGGAGAGUAAAGGGGCCGUGCCGGCCAAGUUUGGAAUGAGCGUUGACGCCGACGCCGACGCCGACGGUACCGCGGCUGCGAUUAGCCUGCUGCCGAAGUUGUUGAGGACGAGUCAGAUUUUGUUUGGGUCGAGCAAGACGUUCUACUUUGCUUACGAUCAGGACAUUACACGCAGCAUGGCGAAUCCGAAGGUGCCCGAGGCCCCGCUGGUGCCGUUGCAUGAGCACGUUGAGCCGAUGUAUUUCUGGAAUCAGAACAUCAUGCAGCCGUUCAUCGAUGCCGGGGUGGACAGUCUUGCGCUGCCCCUGAUGCAGGGCUUCGUGGGGCAGAGGACGUUUAUCGUGGAUAAUGACCCUCCGCAGGACGACGGCGCCCACAAGGACUCUGUCGAGCUUAGCGACUUCGCCUCGUCCAGGGCGGCGUCGCCAUCACCGCCCGAGAAAGCCACAGCUGAUAUGAGGCCGACGGAGAAGAAGUUCGAUCUCACAAUCAUUUCUCGCCGCUCCGUCAAACGCGCCGGCCUGCGGUAUCUUCGUCGCGGAAUCGACGAGGAAGGAAACGUCGCUAACUCGGUCGAGUCGGAGCAAAUCCUCUCGCCGGCGGACGCGGCGUGGGACCCCAAGGCUAAGGUGUUCUCGUUUGUACAAACGAGAGGGAGCAUUCCGCUCUUCUUCACGCAGUCGCCAUACUCACUCAAGCCAGUGCCAGUCAUGCAGCAUUCGCAAGACUCCAAUUUUGCGGCAUUGAAAAAGCACUUUACAGGCUUGGGCAAGCGGUAUGGCUCGGUUCAGGCUGUCAAUCUAGUUGAAAAGCGCGGUGUUGAGGCGCCGCUCGCUGAGUUGUAUGAAAAGAGCAUUCAGCGGCUCAACGAUGAGUCUGGGGCAGAGGCGGACAAGGUCAAAUUCGAGUGGUUCGAUUUUCACGCUGUCUGCCGGGGCAUGAAGUUUGAGAAUGUCUCGUUUCUCUUGGAGAUCCUCGGCGGCCAGUUGGAGAAGUUCGGGAGCUCCGUAUCUGUGAACGACCGCUUAGUGGCUCAACAGAAAGGCGUGUUGCGGACGAAUUGUAUGGACUGUCUCGACCGGACCAAUGUUUGCCAGAGCUCGUUUGCCAAGCACAUGCUCGACUUGCAACUCAGGGAGCAAGGUUUUGACAUGGGCGCACAGGCAGACCAGGAGAAUGCCUGGUUCAACACGCUCUGGGCUGAUAACGGCGACGCAAUCUCCAAACAGUACGCUUCGACAGGCGCUAUGAAGGGUGACUACACACGAACGAGGAAGAGGGAUUACCGCGGUGCGUUGACUGAUGCCGGGCUGUCUCUGACUCGAUUAUUCAAUGGCAUGUUCAAUGAUUUCUUCCUCCAAGCCAGCAUUGACUUCCUCCUUGGCAACGUCACUUCCCUCGUGUUCGAGGAGUUCGAAGCUACCAUGAUGACCAAGGACCCGGCUGUAUCUAUGCAGAACAUGCGCCAGCAGGCCAUCGAGCUCUGCCAAAAACGGGUCGUUGCCGAUGAAGACGAGGAGUUCGUUGGCGGCUGGGCGAUGCUCACCCCAAACGUGUCCGACACCGUGCGGAGUGCUUCCUUAGAAGAGGCCGUCCUUCUCCUGACCGACGUGGCGCUCUAUCUCUGCCGGUUUGACUGGAAUCUCGACAAGGUAUCCUCCUUCGAGCGUGUUGACCUGGCCCACAUCCAGAAAAUCAAGUUCGGCACCUACAUCACGUCGACCAUUUCCCCCGCCCAGCUCGACGACAUGCGCAACGUCGGUUUGGUGGUUGAGUACAAGCCCGGGCUGACUGAUAUCACCCGCGUCAACACACGUUCGUUGUCCUCCGUGUCUGGCACGACCAAAGCCCAGGGGUCCGACGAGGUUGCCAAGCAAGACGCCGAAUCUGCGCCCGCAGCCUCGGGCAUCGCCGGAUUCCUCAGCCGCCGCCCGCAGACGCCAGCACCACGGAAAAUUGCUCUGAAGGCGCUCCACAGCCAGACAUCCGCCGCCGAUCCCAUGGCGAAAAACAAGCAGGACGAGCCGGGCGCUAUCACCCGACUGACGGAGAUCCAGCAAGUGGUGCUGAUCGCGGCAGAGAUUGAGAGGCUCGCAAUCCAAAACCAGCCGCGGUUGGCCGGUAAGAAUAGCGAGGAGAGUGAUUUCAUCGAGAAGGGUGAUAUCAUUUCCUUGGCGGAAGCGAAGAAAAACACCACCCUUUUUGAACAGCUGGGGCAUUCUAUCAAGAAGUUGGUGUGGGCGUAA